GAACGUCACCCUCCACGUCCUCGUGCCUAUCUCCUGUCCGCAGGUUCUGCUUCGUUCAAACGUAUUUAACCUCGACAGCGCAGGGAGAAACGAUAAGAUGGGCGGCGCAGGAUGGCUUUUUCUUUUCUCGGUUUUAAUGGCGGCGGGAUUGUUGUUUACGAUGGUGUUCUUCAUCAUUAUGUUCUCGGAUUUGGAAUGCGACUAUAUCAAUCCUAUAGACCUGUGCAAUAAGCUGAACCAGUUCGUUCUGCCCGAGAACAUCGCGCACGCCUUCCUCACGAUUCUCUUCCUCCUCUGUGGGCAAUGGACCGCCUUCCUGCUCAACGCACCCCUGCUAGCCUAUAAUGUCAACAAGAUAAAGAACAAAAACCAUAUGUAUGACGCGACGGAGAUCUUCCGAACACUAUCGGGGCACAAAAAGGAGAGCUUCAUCAAGCUCGGGUUCUACCUGCUCUCGUUCUUCUACUACCUAUACCGCAUGAUCGUCGCGCUUAUUUCAGAGAGCGAAUAAAUGACUUGACGUCAUUCACGACUAAUCCACGAAGGGCGGGGACGACAGGAAUGGGUGGGAUGUUGUUGGACUGUGCUUUGAAUCUCAGCGUGACCGGAAUAUCAGGGGCGGAGGAGCCAGGCGCCGCGGCGCUCGCGUGCUGCCCGCAUUCUCUGUCUCCUGUAUAAUCUAAGAACGCAUUGUCGCUUGCUUUGCUGCCUAGUAUGUAGAUCCCUAUCUUACGUUUCUCUCUGCCUUGGCUGUCUGCUUCACCGUCA